CGUUUCGGUUUCACUUUGAAAUAAAUACCAAAUCAGAAAAUAAAUCUUGUCCGCAACUUUCAUGAAACUCUUUCGAUAGUCGAUUUUGGAGUAUUUGAUUUAGGAUUAGUUUGAAUAUUCACCGAAGAGGGCUGACGUUCUGAGUUCGUGUCUUUGAUUGCUGUUCACAUUGUACUGCGGAAACGAGUCCAGAAGUCCGAAUUCUCGGCGCUUUCACGGAAUCACAGUUUUUCAUUUUGCAAUUACAAAACUUUAGCGGUACUCUUCAUUGGCCGCCUUUUACAGCUUUUCUCGGUUUCUCGUCUAGCAAUAUCUUGUGAUUAAUCGGAUCCAGCAGUUAAUAAUUACGUGUGCAAAGAUGGCGAUCGGCCUGCAGAACGUGAUGGGACUGUAUCGCCAGCUCACUGAAGAAUGGAACAAGCGUCCUAUGGAGAAGAAGAAAUGCGAAACACUGCUUAACAACCUGAAGGUAGCCUUAACGGAACACCAUUUUAUCCCGACAACAGAGGGCGAAGCGUCCAAGCAAGAAAUUAUCUUGGCCAGAGACGUACUGGAAAUGGGCGCUCAGUUCGCUAUUUUCGACAAGGAUCUCAAAGGCUUCCAGCGGCACAUUGACCAGUUGAAAGUUUACUACUACGAUGUCAAAGGCGGGAUUGCGGAUUCCGCCAUGAUGAAUCAGUUCCUGGGCUUGUAUCUGCUGUCACUGUUGGCGGAGAAUCGUCUGGGUGACUUCCACAGUGAAGUGGAGCUCAUGUCGUUGGAUACGAUUGAGAAGGAUCCCUAUCUGCGCUUUCCCGUGCAGCUGGAACGCUGUCUCAUGGAGGGCAGCUUCAGCAAGAUCUUCGUGGCGCACAAGAACGUCCCAGCGCCCAGUUAUGGGUAUUUUAUGGAGUUGCUUGCCAAGACAACCAGGGCAGAAAUUGCUAAAUGCCUAGGCCGUGCCUGUCCGGUCAUCAGUGCGGAAACCGCCAGAAAGAUGUUAUUUCUGGACUCGGAAGCGGAUCUGAAGAAAUUUGCGGAUGAGAAUAAAUGGAAGAAACAAGGCACUUCGUUUGUAUUUGACACCGAACGAAAUUUGGUUAUGGAUGAACUGAAUGUGGAUGCUAUGGAUACCGAUAGAGAAAUCAAUGUUGCUGAUCAUACUGCCCUUUCAUAUUCGGACGUUGCCGAAACGAUGCUCAGCUAUGCAAAGGAGUUGGAAAAGAUUGUAUAGAUAAGUUGUCUGGACAUCAUACAUACUUACACUGUUUUUUAACGCGAGGUCUGGGAUUUGUUUUGUUAGCCUUUCUUUUCUUCAGUCAUUCGAACUUAGAAUUACUUGUUAGUUAGUUCGGACGAAUAAAGUUGUGGGUUCUGAAUUCAACUUCGAAAAGCAGCUGUUAACCAUGUACUGGCGAAAAUAUGGUACAAAUUAAAGUACCUACUUAUUUGAAGCUGCUGUUUGUUAUAAAAUAAGCUGUUGUUAUAAUAAUGUACGGGCACAAGAUUUCGUAAAUCG